AUGACCACCCAGCUCUGCACUCCGGCCUUCUCCACUGGGUCCACCAGGGGCCUCUGUGGGUCCACAGGCAGCUUCUCUCGGAUGUCCUCCAUCCACACCAUGGGCUCCUGUAAGGCCUCUGGCUUGGUUGGCACUGGGGGUUCCAUGUCGACCUUCAGGACGGGCCUCUCCGGCUUUGGGAGCUGCUUGCCUGGCUCCUACCUGUUUUCUGGGUACCCCUCCUCUGGCUUUGGUGGGAAUGGAGGCUGGUUCUCCGAGGGCGCCUUCAACGGCAGCGAGAAGGAGACCAUGCAGGUCCUGAACGACCGCCUGGCCAGCUACCUGGAGAAGGUCCGGCAGCUGGAGAGGGAGAACGCCGAGCUGGAGCAGCGCAUCCGGGAGUGGUAUGAGUGUCAGAUCCCAUACGUCUGCCCCGACUACCAGUCCUACUUCAAGACCAUCGAGGACUUCCAGCAGAAGAUCCUGUUGACCAAGUCUGAGAAUGCCAGGCUGGUCUUGCAAAUCGACAAUGCCAAGCUGGCUGCUGAUGACUUCCGGACCAAGUACGAGACGGAGCUGUCCCUGCGGCAGCUGGUGGAGGCCGACAUCAACGGCCUGCGCAGGAUCCUGGAUGAGCUGACCCUGUGCAAGGCUGACCUGGAGGCGCAGGUGGAGUCCCUGAAGGAGGAGCUGCUGUGUCUCAAGAGGAGCCAUGAGGAGGAAGUCAAUGCACUCCGCAGCCAACUCGGGGACCGACUGAACGUGGAGGUGGAUGCCGCUCCCCCAGUGGACCUCAACAAGAUAUUGGAUGACAUGAGAUGCCAGUAUGAGGCCCUGGUGGAGAAUAACCGCAGAGACGUGGAGGCCUGGUUCAACACCCAGACCGAGGAGCUGAACCAGCAGGUGGUGUCCAGCUCCGAGCAGCUGCAGUGCUGCCAGACGGAGAUCAUCGAGCUGCGACGCAACGUCAACGCCCUGGAGAUCGAGCUGCAGGCGCAGCAGAGCAUGCGGAAUUCCCUGGAAUCCACCCUGGCCGAGACGGAGGCCCGCUACAGCUCCCAGCUGGCCCAGAUGCAGUGCAUGAUCACCAACGUGGAGUCCCAGCUGGCCGACAUCCGCUGUGACCUGGAGCGGCAGAACCAUGAGUACCAGGUGCUGCUGGACGUGAAGGCCCGGCUGGAGUCCGAGAUUGCCACCUACCGCCGCCUGCUGGAGGGGGAAGACUGCAAGCUUCCUGCCCAUCCUUGUGCCACGGAAUGCAAACCUACCAUGAGAGUUUCUUAUGCUCCCUCCGGGUCCUGCAACCCAGCUGGGCCCUGCACCCCGGCCCCCCAAGUCAGCACCCAGAUCCGCACCAUCACUGAGGAGAUCAGAGAUGGGAAAGUCAUCUCCUCCCGGGAGCACGUGCUGCCCCGCUAG